CCUUGAAUCUACAUUUUACCCUCACCGACCUCUAAACCAUCACCUUCUCUAGCUCGACUUGAGCAACAAGCAUGGCUCUAUUCGCAUUAUGCUGUACCGCGGACGUACCAGGCGAGAGAAUCGACUACUUUCUGAAGCAAACAUAUUUGAACAGUAGCAAAAUGGACUGCCAACCAUAUCUCCUUCUCAUAACGUCACCAGACGAUCUCAACCCCACCGACCAUGCUCACGCUACUCAACCACUAGUCAAGUCCUUCUCAUCACCUUUUCUCGACAAAUCUCUUGAGGAAGCAGCAGAUAUGCUGCAAGAGAUUAUCAGAACGUCAAAAUUCGACAUUGUAGAGUCAAAUCUGUUCGCUGUUCUAGACGAUCAAUCACUCUCCUUAGACUCGGGUCUCAUUGUGCAGGUCAAAGAUGGUGUCGUGGAUUUUGUGCGCGUACACUUCGAUACCAUAAACGCCGAACUAAUGAGGAUCUGGAUAGUCACUCGGGAUAUCAAGGAGACUAAAUGGCUCGUGGGAGAUGAUGGAGUGUUCAGAACGAAACCACCGGAGGAGAGUCAAAAGGGACGUCCUGCACCCCGGAAGAAGCUGGGAUGAAGCUUGAUGCUUACGUACAUCGCCCCUUUCUUACUCUCGAAAGAUGAUGGAGCUCCUGUCUAUCGUGUCCGGGCAAAAAGGAAUGCAAAACGUACAGCAGCAGGGAUUCCCACGUGGUCACCCACCGUAGUACUAAUCUGCCGU